AUGGCCUAUGCUGAGGAGGAGAGGAAUCGCUACGAGGUGUGCAAGGAAACGGCAGACUGGUUACGCGCCCGCGCCGCGCCGUGCCCCAGGACUGCCAUCAUCUGCGGCUCCGGCCUGGGAGGCAAAAAAAAUAACAAGACCGUUUUUCCCUAUGAGGACAUCCCGCACUUCCCACGGAGCACAGUCUCGGGGCACGUGGGCAGGCUGGUGUUUGGGGAGCUGAACGGCCACCCGUGCGUGUGCAUGCAGGGACGCUUCCACUUCUACGAGGGCUACUCCAUCAGCGCGGUCACCUUUCCCAUCAGGGUGUUCUGUCUCCUGGGGGUUGAGAUCUUGAUCGUCACAAAUGCUGCCGGGGGACUGAAUCCCCACUUCCAAGUGGGAGACAUCAUGUUCAUUCGGGAUCACAUCAGCAUGUUUGCCUUGGGAGGGCAGAAUCCACUGCGAGGACAAAACGAUGAGAGGUUCGGGGUGAGGUUUCCCUGUAUGUCAGACGCCUACGAAGAGGAGCUGCUCAGCGUGGCGAGGGAGAGCGCGCAGGAGCUGGGCUACCUGCCCUUCGUCCGGGAAGGGGUCUACUGCAUGCAGACGGGCCCCUGCUACGAGACCAUCGCCGAGUGCCGCAUGCUGCAGGCCCUGGGCGCAGAUGCCGUAGGCAUGAGCACGGUCCCGGAGGUGAUUGUAGCCAGGCACUGUGGCCUCAGAGUCUUUGGGGUCUCCCUGAUCACCAACAAAGCUGUGAUGAGCUACAGCAGUGAGGAGAAAGCCAACCACGAGGAAGUCCUGCGCAUCUCGGUGGUCCGGGCUGAGGCCCUGCAGAAAUUGAUCACUUGCUUCCUUGGCAAGUUGUGCGAGAGCGGAAACUCUGCGUGA